UUCUUCACCCUAUACAUAUGUAUGUAUGUAGCGUUGAUUCUAUUAUGCUACUGGAGGAAGGCUAUGAUGUGGUCUCGGUGGAUGCCUCAGACAAAAUGCUGAAAUACGCUUUGAAGGAACGUUGGAACAGGCGAAAAGAACCAGCAUUCGAUCGGUGGAUUAUAGAAGAAGCUAACUGGUUGACGUUGUACGAGGAUAUACAACCAAUUGUUGGAGAUGGGUUUGACGCUGUUAUUUGCUUAGGAAAUUCAUUCGCCCAUCUAAUGGAUAAUAGCGGUGAUCAACGCGAACAUAAGCAGGCCAUUCAAAAUUUUCAAAAAUGUCUUAAGCCAGGUGGAAUUCUACUUAUAGAUCACCGAAAUUAUGACAAUAUUCUGGAGACGGGAGAGACUCCAUCAAAAAGCAUAUACUAUAAUGUGAGUAUUUCUUUUUUUAUAUCGCAUUGAGAAAUGCUGUUAUUU